UAUGAUAAAUGAUUUAUAAUGUCAGUACUCCAAAAAGAACAUAAUACGUUUGGCCUGAUCAACAGUGUAGAUAUAAGAGUAGUUGUAAACAGACAGUAGCGUUCUGCACUACCUGCGUUAAAGCGAUGUUAACAUUUGUAAAUAAAAUUAUAUUCUGAAUUUAACCUUCAAGUGAAAGUGGUUUAUUUUACCGUGCCAAGAGAGAGAAAUAUAAAUAUGGAAGAGCCAUUUGGCAGAAAUAAUGACAAGAGUAAAGUUUCGUUAAAUAAGAGAUGCUGCUAUUUUCUGGUGUUUUGUGUUAUUGUGUUACCUAUUGUAACCGGUGUCGUGGUCUGGUACCUAACUGACUCGGCGUGUGACCCGUCUUCGGAUGGUGACAAUCAACCUGUGAGUGGUACAAAAUCUACGGAAUCUGUUCCAACAACAACAAAAUCACCAACAAGCAUCAGUGAGUCAGAACCAUGGAAGAAUCUUCGUCUACCAGCUACUGUAGUUCCAGUACACUAUGACAUUACCCUGUAUCCAAAUUUCUAUGGAGAUAACGGAUGGUUCUAUGGUAAUGAGACAGUUGAACUAAACAUCACGGAGUCUACAACACAUAUUCUUAUACAUGCUAACUUUCUGAACAUAACAAGAACAAAGCUUAGUUACUUGAAUGGACAAGGUAUUCCUAUCAAACAAACAUUCUGGUACGCAGAAAAUCAGUUCUGGGUGGUGGAGACCGUGACAUCAGUGCAGAUUUCCCGUGCAUUGCUAAAACUGCAGUUUGACGGAUCAUUGACCAGAGAAAUAUUUGGAUUCUAUAAAAGUACAUAUAUCAAUUCUGAGACUAAACAAGAAAGACAUUUGGCAUCAUCCAAGUUCCAGCCAGUAGAUGCACGACGAGCAUUCCCUUGUUUUGACGAGCCUAACAUCAAAGCCGAGUACACCGUAACCCUUGUACACAGAGAUAGUUAUAUAGCUCUAUCAAAUAUGCCUGAAACGAUUUCGGAGUCCUGGGAACACGAUCCUACGUUAAAAGCGACACAUUUUCAGCGUUCUGUUCCCAUGUCAACAUACCUCGUGUGUUUUGUCGUCUGCGAUUUCAAAAAUCUCACAGAUACAACAAAACAUGGAACUCAGAUUCGUGUAUUUGCAACACCAGACCGUAUUGAACAAGCCCGAUACUCCAUGCGUGUAAUGAAAGUAUCCAUGGAAAAGUUCCAAGAUCUUUUCAAGGUGCCAUUUCCACUGCCUAAAAACGACAUGAUUGCUAUACCAAGCUUUAUAUCUGGUGCUAUGGAACACUGGGGUUUGAUUGGGUUCCGUGAGGUAAACAUGCUGUAUGAUGAAACACAAGCGUCCGCCGCUAACAAACAACGUGUCGCUGUGGUAGUCGCACAUGAAAUUGCUCACAUGUGGUUUGGAAACAUAGUAACAAUGGAUUGGUGGGAUGAUUUAUGGCUGAAUGAAGGGUUUGCAAGUUUUGUGGAAUAUAUUGGUGUUGAUGAGACUGAACCAGACUGGGAAAUGAUGGAUCAGAUGGUAGUUGAUGAUGUCAAGCCUGUCAUGGUUACAGACGCUGGAGUCAACUCACAUCCUAUUGUAGUACCAGUCAGCCAUCCUAACCAGAUCACUGAAGUUUUCGAUGCCAUUUCUUACAGCAAGGGGGCAUCGAUUCUCCGAAUGUUACAAGAGAUGAUGGGGAGCGGGGUGUUUUUUGAUGGUAUAUCAACAUAUUUGAAGAAGUACGAAUGGUCAACAGCCACUACUAAUGACCUCUGGGACGACCUCGGACAGGUGCCCGUGGCUGGAUACAGUGUGAAGGAGGUCAUGGACACAUGGACCUUACAGAUGGGUUUACCUUAUAUAAACGUGACCUAUGUAAAUAGUGGUAGCAAAACACGUGUCACAGCGUCUCAAAAACGUUUCCUGGCAGAUAAAAACAUGAACUACGACGAAAAUGAGUCUCCUUUUAGAUAUAAAUGGUUUGUACAGCUGGAUUAUAUAGACAAUGGUGAAUAUAAAAUAAAGUGGAUCACAAAAGAUGACGAUUCUGUUUCAUUUGAUGUGAACACUGACAUGAGCCAAGGGAACGCUUUAAUCAAGUUCAAUGUGAAUGACACCGGUUUCUACAGAGUGAACUAUCCCCCGGAUGUUUGGAGAAGAAUAGCAGACGCUCUGGAAUCUCAAGGACCAGCAGCUAUACCUUACCCUGCUGAUAGGACAGGUCUUGUAGACGAUGCGUUCAAUCUAGCUCGUGCUGGAUAUAUCAGUUAUGAAUUAGCGUUAGAAAUGACCAAGUAUUUGGACAAGGAGUACCAUCAUUUACCAUGGGACUCCGCUUACAGUGGUAUAACAUAUAUAAAAGAUAUGUUCAUCACCAGCGGACAUUUUGACUCUCUAAGGAAAUAUUUUGCAAAGAAAGUACGUCCAGUGAUGGAUCGGCUUACAUGGGAAGAUGGUGAUUCACAUCUUGACAAAUUAAUGCGAUCUAAUAUAAUACAACUAGCGUGUGAAUUUGCAGAUACAUAUUGUCUUGGAAAUGCAACUAUGAAGUUUAGAGGAUGGAUUGACAAUGGCGAAUUCAUAUCUCCUAAUAUAAGGACAUACGUAUACAAGUACGGCAUGAGUUCAGAGGGUACAGAAUCAGACUGGAACUUUAUGUGGAACAAAUAUUUACAGGAAACUGUACCUCAGGAAAAGAUCAAACUGCUGUAUGGUCUAGCCAAUACCAAACAUGUCUGGCUACUAAACAGAUACCUUGAAUUCAGCAAAAAUACGACGAUGAUUGGCUCACAGGAUUUCUUCACGGUUGUCACGUAUAUUUCGAGGAAUCCAGUUGGAAAUCCACUAGCAUGGAACUGGGUCAGAGCUAAUUAUGACUAUAUUGUGAAUAGAUUCUCGUUGUAUAAUCGGUAUUUAGGGCGACUUGUUCCGAGUAUCAUCAGCAAGUAUAACACCCAGUUUAAGCUACAAGAGGCUGACGAAUUUUUUAACAAGUAUCCGGAUGCGGGUGCUGGAUCUCGCGCCAGAAUACAAGCAAGGGAGAGUAUCCAAAACAACAUCGACUGGAUGACGAACAAUGCAGACAAUAUCAAGAACUGGCUCCAGCAGCAAGUGUGACGUAUGAUCACGUGAUCAACAUACUUGUGACAAAACAAAAUAUUUAAAUAGUGUGUGUAUAUAGGACUAUGCAUGUGUGUUUUAAAAAAUAAUACAUUUUAUAAAAAAAAAGGCCAUUCAUUUCAAAGUUUGAAUGUAAACGUAUUAACAUGGUAUAUGAACACUAAUAUAGCCAAUGGAAACUAAGCAUUUUGAUAUUGAUAUGAUUUGAAUAAUAAUCAUUAAACAUGGUGUAAUUCCGAUGAUGUAAUUUACAGAUUACCUUUAUAUAUUUAGACAAUAAAAAUAACAAUAAUAUAUAUAUUGAUAUAUUGAUAAAUAUAUAUAUAUAUAUAAAGUGUAUAUCAGUGCUGUAUUCAUAAUACAUGUAUCCAUGUAAACUAUUGAAGGUU